AUGUCCAGGAGCUCAACAAGUCGAGAUGAACGCAUCGGUGACUUUGUUAUCGAGAAUGAGAUCGGAAAGGGCUCCUUUGCCGUCGUCCACAAGGGAUACCGUCUCCAGCCCCGCGAGCCUGUAGCCAUCAAGAUCGUCACUCGCAAAAAGCUCACCCCCAAGCUCUUGGACAAUCUCGAGGGCGAGAUAGCCAUCCUCAAGGCAAUCCACCACCCCAACAUUGUCGAGCUCAAGGAAUGUCUCAAAACCGAGCACCAGAUCUACCUUGUCAUGGCCUUUUGCGCAUCGGGCGACCUCUCCCAGUACAUAAAGAAGCGCUUUGACAUCUACGAGCGCGCUGGUAUCGCCGAAUCCGCUUCCCUGACAAGAGCGCAAAAGUCGAGAUAUCCGCACCCUGCCGACGGAGGUCUGAAUGAGACCAUCGUCCGCUCCAUCUUGACUCAGCUUGCCGCAGCGCUCGAGUUUAUGCGUGGACGAGACAUUGUUCAUCGCGAUAUCAAGCCACAGAACCUCUUGCUUCAACCUCCAGAUGCUGCUUUCCUUGCCCUCGGCAAUCCUCGCGAAAUCCCGCAGAUGAAGGUCGCCGACUUUGGCUUCGCCCGACACCUCAGCGUUAACACCCUCGCAGAGACCCUCUGCGGCUCGCCGCUCUAUAUGGCUCCGGAGAUUCUCCGCUUUGAAAAGUAUGAUGCGAAGGCGGAUCUUUGGUCUGUCGGAGCCGUGCUCUUCGAGAUGACUGUGGGCAAACCACCAUUCAAGGCUGCCAACCAUGUCGAACUGCUCAAGCGCAUCGAGCGAGGCGAGGACAGGAUCAGGUUCCCUGACGAGAGGUCUGCAGGCUCUCUAGCAAGAGAAAGCGCACGUCGGCAAGAGCUCGGCGAACCGCCAUUACCACCCCCACAUCCCGUCUCGGAGGAUAUCAAGACGCUCAUUCGGCAGCUGCUUCGGCAGCGACCGGUCGGCCGCAUGAGUUUCGAUGACUUUUUCGCCAGUCCGGUCAUCAGCGACUUCAAGGCAUUCAUUCGUCCGCACGCUCAGCCAGAGGCCUUCGAGAAGUACGAGGAUUUGCAGAGGAGCGAACGCAGCGUCAUCACUCCUUCGAGUGGAAUCAAGGACGCGUCCAUCUCCUCAGUCGAAAGGCCCACUCAGAAGGCCGACACACAAACGGCGAGCAGCGCAGCACCGAUUUCGCCAUCACCAGAACGCGCGACGCUGAAUGAGCGAUCUCCAAGUAAGCAAGGCGAGGGCGCUCUUGCUGCAGGCUCGAGCAAAGACCCACGUGACGUUGGCAAACCUACAAGAACCAUUCCACGCGCCUUUUCGGCCAAGUAUGUCACUGGCGAGCCACCGCGUCACGACGAACCGGAGAAACGCAAGCCAUCCGCCAUGACACGGGUGCCCAGCUCACCGGGCAUCCCCGACCGAUCUCUGCUGUCAAGCGAACGGGAGGGAGCGUCGCCAGCGACAAAUCAUCUUGCAGCUUCGAAAGAUGGCGAGGACAGUUUUCUGGGCAAGGAAUACGUCAUGAUCGAGAAGCGCAACGUCGAGGUCAACGCACUGGCCGACGAAUUGGCAGCAUCUCCGCAGAGCAGACUCGCCUUGGCUUCGCGCAGGCCUUCACGCUUGUCGCGUCUCAGCUCGGGCACCAUUCCGACCUCAUCUGGCGCGUCGCCACCUACAACUGCAUCCGCAUCGUUGGGGUCCAAGCCCAUUCGCAUUGCCAACAACGCGGAAACGACAUCAGCUACAGGGGCAUUCGCCCUUCCACCAGGGGCGAGGCCGUCAUCAGUGCCGCGUCGAGCCAGCCUCUCUUCUUCGGGCUCACCGUCCACGCGACAAAGCAGUGGUCAGGUUAUCACGAACACAGACGCUAUGGCCAGCACCCAAACAUCUCGAAGGGAUGCGCCGGCGUCUUCUGUUCCGAAAGAGGAAGUCAGCGUGCUGGGCCAGAAGCUCGCGGGCUUUGGCUUGUCCGGAAGCGGCGGAGUCGGUGGGCCCUCGAGCGCUCUGGCCAAGGCUAUCAGCAUGGCGUCGCUGCGCCUGUUUGGCGUACCCUCGGGUGUUUCGUUGCGAGACGCUGCAGCCCUCGUGCGGACGCGAGCGCAGAGGCGCGGCUUUCUGCGGCCUGCUGAAGCUUUGGACGAGACUGAGAUGACCCUACUUGGCACACUCGAGGAUCUGGGCCAAAAGGCCUUCGUGCUGUCCGAGUUUGCCGACUCGAAGCUUGCUCACUUUUUCGCCGAUGGCCCGCAUCAACUUUCGCAAGACUUGGACUCGUCGACCGCGACCACGGGGAUUUCGCCUGGACGAACGAGCGCUCAAGGGUCGGCGAGGCGAGCAGGCUCGAUCGCUUCGUCGUCAUCAUCAGCUCUGGACCAAGCAGCUGCAGAAGCAGCAUCGGCGGAAGCGCUGAUGCUCUACGUGCGCAGCCUUGCUUUUUUGCAAAGGGCGAUCACGGUGACUAGGAAGCAUAUCGAGGCCCGCUCACGCCCCGGUCAGCCAGCGGCGACGAGUGCCGAGGUCAACGAUGUGGUGCAAUGGCUACGUGCACGCUUCAACGAGGUGUAUGACAAGGCGGACUUUGCGCGCUCGCGCUGCAACGAACUGCCCGAGUCAGCGCAGCAGGUGGACAAGCUCAUCUUUGACAAGGCAGUCGAAGUGGCGCGAGCAGCUGCGACCGACGAGCUCGAGAACAACCGGGAAGGCAGCGGAUGGGAUCCAUCGCACUGCCUGUUGGCAUAUGAGACGGCCGGCUCGAUGCUGUCAUCGUUGCUGGAUCCUGGUGAGGACGCGUUGAGCCUGAGUGAAGGCAGUAUUCUGAUGAUUGACAAGUACGUCAAGAGCAUCAACAAGCGUCUUUCGACUUUGCAGGAGCAAUUUGGCUUGGGAGUCGGGGGCGCCGCCUCUGUGGGUGUGAGUCCGGUCGGUGUAGAUGCCGAGGCUCGGCCCGGUGUGAGCCGCAGCAGAACCGAUUCGCCAUUGUCAAACCCUUCACCGGGAGCAACGCCAUCUCGAUGA